UCUCUUCUUUUCAACUCACGCCCAACACCAUCUCCUAGCUUCUUCCUAACCAGCUUCUAUUACUAUUAGAGUCAUUGUCUUCUUCUUCUCUCUUUCUCUCUCUCUCUCUAUCUCUAUCUCUCUCUCUCUCUCACACACACACGCACACCAAACUCUUGUUUCCUUUCCUUCCCAAAACACAUACUCACACCGCAACAAGGUUGUUGUGUUGCCAGCUAGCUGCUAAACCACCACACCAUCACCAUGCCUGAGGCACCAAGGGACUACAACCUUGUUGAGCAAAACGAGAAAAUUCUCGACUUUAUUGAGGAUGUCACCGCCAACGCCGACCAAGUUCAGAAGAGGGUCCUCUCCGAAAUCCUCUCCAACAAUGCAAACGUCGAGUACCUGAAGAGACACGGUCUCCACGGCCAGACAGACCGUGAAACUUUCAAGAAACUCUUGCCUGUCAUAACCUACGAGGAUAUCCAACCUGACAUCAACCGCAUCGCCAAUGGUGACACUUCUCCAAUCCUUUGCUCCAAACCCAUCUCAGAAUUUCUCACUAGUUCUGGGACAUCAGGAGGUGAGAGGAAGCUGAUGCCAACGAUUGAAGAGGAUCUAGGGAGGAGGAGUUCACUGUAUGGGCUUCUGAUGCCAGUGAUGAGCCUGUUUGUUCCUGGUUUGGAAAAGGGCAAAGGAAUGUACCUAAUGUUCAUAAAAUCCGAGGCCAAAACACCUGGAGGGAUUGUGGCUCGUCCAGUUCUGACCAGCUACUACAAAAGUUCCUAUUUCAAAGACAGACCCUAUGACCCCUACACCAACUACACCAGCCCGAAUGAGACUGUCCUCUGCCCUGACUCCUACCAAAGCAUGUACUCCCAACUCCUUUGUGGCCUUUGCCAAAACAAAGAAGUUUUCCGUGUGGGGGCAGUUUUUGCCUCUGGCUUCAUAAGAGCCAUUAGGUUCCUUGAGAAACACUGGUCCCUCCUUUGCAACGACAUCAGAACUGGAACCAUCAACUCUCAGAUCACUGACACCUCCGUCCGUGAGGCUGUCAUGAAGAUCCUCAAACCUGAUCCUAAGCUCGCGGAUCUUAUCCAGACCGAGUGUAGCAAGAGCUCAUGGCAGGGCAUAAUCACUAGGCUGUGGCCAAAUACUAAGUAUGUGGAUGUUAUUGUGACCGGGACAAUGUCACAGUACAUCCCCACAUUGGACUACUACAGCAAUGGACUCCCGCUUGUGUGCACCAUGUAUGCGUCCAGUGAGUGCUAUUUUGGUGUUAACCUAAACCCUCUUUGCAAACCCAGUGAGGUCUCUUACACCCUUAUUCCCACCAUGUGCUACUUCGAGUUCUUGCCUGUUAACCGAAGCAAUGGAGUCAAUGACCCUCUCCACACCCCCAGAUCCCUCAAUGAGAAACAACAGCAGGAGCUGGUUGAGCUCGUUGAUGUCAAACUUGGCCAAGAAUAUGAACUCGUUGUCACAACCUAUGCUGGAUUGUAUCGUUACAGAGUUGGUGAUGUGCUGAGGGUGGCUGGAUUCAAGAACAAGGCACCCCAAUUCAACUUUGUGUGCAGAAAGAACGUGGUGUUGAGCAUAGACUCAGACAAGACGGAUGAGGUGGAGCUUCAGAACGCAAUGAAGAAUGCUGUGACACACUUGGUGCCCUUUGAUGCAUCAGUGUCUGAUUACACAAGCUAUGCAGACACCACAACGAUCCCUGGGCACUAUGUGUUGUACUGGGAGCUGGCUCUGAAAGGUUCAACCCCAAUUCCACCGUGUGUGUUUGAGGACUGUUGCUUAACCAUAGAGGAAUCACUGAACAGUGUGUAUCGGCAAGGGCGAGUCUCAGACAAAUCGAUUGGGCCCCUUGAGAUAAAGAUCGUGGAACAGGGGACUUUUGACAAGCUCAUGGACUAUGCCAUAAGCCUAGGGGCUUCAAUAAAUCAGUACAAGACACCAAGGUGUGUGAAGUUUGCACCUGUGGUGGAGCUCUUGAACUCAAGGGUGGUGGAAAAAUAUUUUAGCCCCAAAUGUCCAAAAUGGGUUUCCGGCCACAAGCAGUGGAUCAAUCAGAACUGAUGAAGAAUCUAAAGGUGGACAUUAUUAUGUGGUUGGUAGCUUUUCAUGGCGGUUCACGUGAACUGUUUUUUGUGGACAUGUUAGGGAAGGGAGGGAUUUUAAUUACUCUUUUUUAGGUUAAUUCUAUGUUUAAAAAGACUUUGAUUUUAGUCCUUGUUUUUAACUUGCAUAGUGAACUGAACCUAGCCACUGUAAAAAGCAAUUCCUGUUUGAUGAAAGAAAGAAAGCUGUUGUUGUCUAA